AUGUUACGAACAUUAAUCUAUGGUGCUAGACAAAUUGUUACGGUAACACGUAAUAAUAAGGAAAAAUUCCUAUGCGGAAAAGAUAUGCACGCUAUUGGAGUAAUCAAAUCGGAUGCAGGUGGUUUAAGUUUAAUGAUUGAAAAUGAAAAUAUUGUUGCAAUUGGAACUGAUGAUGCUAUUGCACGAGACUUCGAAGGGAUGGAAAUAGAUAACAAAAUCGAUGCAUCUGGAUGUUGUAUUCUACCAGGUUUUGUUGAUGCACAUACGCAUCCAAUAUGGGCAGGUGAUCGAGUUCAUGAAUAUGCAAAAAAAUUGGCAGGUGCUACUUAUAUGGAAAUUAUGCGUGAAGGUGGUGGUAUUGGUUUUACAGUUGAACAAACAAAAUUAGCUACGGAUGAAGAACUUCUUAUUGGAUUAGUUGCUCGUUUGAAACGUAUGCUUCAUGCUGGUACAACUUAUGUUGAAUGUAAAACAGGUUAUGGACUUGAAUGGCCUGAUGAAUUACGUUUAUUAAAACUUCUUGAACAAGCUCGUUCAUAUAUACCAAUUGGUAUAUCAAUUACAUAUUGUGCAGCACAUGCAGUUCCAAAAAAUAAAACAGCCGAAGAAAUGACAGAAGAUAUUAUAAAUAAACAAAUAAAAGCAUUGAAACAAUUAAUUGAUAAUAAAGAAAUAGAUGUUAAUGAUAUUGAUGUUUUUUGUGAGAAAGGUGUGUAUGAUAUUGAACAAAGUCGUCGAAUACUUCUUGCUGGUCAACAAAUUGGACUUAGCAUCAAUUUUCAUGGUGAUGAACUUAAUUAUACAGGUUCAGCUGAAAUGGGAGCUGAAAUUGGUGCACGAGCUAUUAGUCAUUUAGAGUGUAUUUCUGAGGAAGGUAUCCGUGCCAUGGCUAAUGCAAAGACAUUUGCAGUUAUUCUACCUCAUACAGGUUAUAUAUUAAGAAUUGAAAUGCCACCUGUACGAAAAAUGAUUGAUGCUGGAGUACCGGUAGCUUUAGGAACAGAUGCAAAUCCAAAUGCUUUUUCAUCAGCUAUGUCCAUAUCAAUGAAUUUAGCUUGUGUUUUAUGUCAUAUGAGUUUAGAAGAAGCAUUAGCAGCUGCAACAAUCAAUAGUGCUGCAGCAUUGGGCAUCUCGGAUAAAUACGGAUCAAUUGAAGUAGGAAAAAAGGCAGAUCUGAUUAUAUGUCGAUGUCCAUCAUGGGAACAUAUUAUUUAUCAAUUCGGUGAUCAUACUCAUAUAAUUCGAUAUGUACUCAAACAUGGUGAAGUCGUGUAUGCAAAAAGCGCAUAA